AUGGCUACCAACUCAUCAUCCUCUACUUCUGAUAUCAUCAUCUCAUUGUCUUCAUCCUCUCAUCAGAUGGAAACCUCUCAUAUUCCAAUCACAGCCCAUAAACUGAAUGGGCAAAAUUAUUUGCAAUGGUCUCAGUCCAUAUUAAUGUUUAUACGGGGAAAUGAGAAAGAUGACUACAUCACUGGAGCUUCGGCGGCACUAGAAACCACAACAUCAACCUACAAAAAGUGGAUAGUAGAAAAUAAUAUGGUCAUGUCCUGGCUAGUCAACUCUAUGACCACUGACAUUGAUGAAAAUUUUCUGUCAUUUGAUACUGCCAAAGAAAUCUGGGACAUUGCAAAAGAAACUUUCUCAGACAAGGAAAACACAUCUGAAAUCAUCCAGAUUGAAGGCACCCUCCAAGAUUUGCGUCAAGGAAACCUUACGGUAACUGAAUAUUUCAAUACUCUUACUCGUCUAUGGCGUCAACUUGAUACGUUUGAGGUUCAUAACUGGAAUUGUGUUACAGAUGGUUUGUUGUAUAAAAAGAUUGUCGAAGGGAAACUUGUGUUUAAAUUUUUGUUAGGCUUGAACAAUAAUCUUGAUGAAAUCAGAGGAAGAAUCAUGGGAGUAAAACCUCUACCUAGCCUCAGAGAGGCAUUCUCUGAAGUCCGUCGCGAAGAAAGUUGGAAAAAUCUCAUGAUGGGAUCCCAUCAACAACUGAAUAUGGCAGAAAGCUCUGCUCUUAAGACUCAAUUCGCCCCUUUUGACAACCGUCAAAAAAUUAAAGGAGGUAGACCUUGGUGUGAUCAUUGCAGAAAGCCGGGACACUCAAGAGAAACUUGCUGGAAGAUUCAUGGAAAGCCAGUAGAUUGGAAGCCACGUCAACCACUUGAGAAAGAAGGACGAGGCAAUCAUGUGGCUACCGAUGAACAAUCGCCACAACCUGAAGCUAGCCCUUUUAAUAAGGAGCAAAUGGAGAUGCUUCAGAAACUACUGUCUCCUCUUUUGUCAGUACAGUCACAAACUGGCUCAUCUUCCAACCAGGUCAUUGGUUUCGGAACCUUGGCUCACAAAGUCCGAAUAGCAGAUGGUUCACUAUCAAAGGUUGCCGGAACAGGUUCAGUUGUGCUAUCAAGGGAUCUUACUCUCAACUCUGAUUUGGAUUCGGGGAAGACGAUUGGCAAUGCUGAUGAAUGCUCUGGACUCUACAUCCUUAAGGAGCACCAUGAUCUACAAGAACGACCUCAAAUGGCAGUUGGUAGUAAUUCUUUUUCGCCUUACUAUCCCAAAAACGAUAUUCAGGGGGAGAAUUCAACUCAGGAAUAUCAAUUUUGGGAUCUUGAGUCAUUCAGUGAGUCACCCAUCACCACUGAAAAUCACAUUCCUCCAGAGUCAUUUAAUCAGCCCGAGUCCAUUGUUGACUUGUGGGAUAAGGAGCACAUCCAAGAGGAAACGGAGGAAGGAGCACUUUCUCAACAAACCCAUGAGGCUGAACCGGGUCCUAAUCCAAGCAAACUUCCAGGUAACAACGCUCCUGAUGGUACUGUUGAUUCCGAGUUAGAAAAUGAUAUUCUUAAUAUGCCCAUAGCUUGGAGGAAAGAAGUUAGAUCAUGCACUCAGCAUCCCAUUGGAAAUUUUCUUUCUUAUGAUAAGCUAUCACCUACGUUUCGUGCAUUCACUUCUAGCAUCACAGAGAUACAAGUUCCUCGGAAUAUUCAGGAAGCUUUCAAGUAUCCUAAGUGGAAGGCGGCAGUCGAUGAGGAAGUUCGGGAGCUGGAAAAGAAUGGUACGUGGGAAAUUACUGACCUCCCAAGAGGUAAGAAACCAGUUGGGUGUAAGUGGAUUUUCACAGUAAAGUACAAGGCAGAUGGUAAUGUGGACAGGUAUAAGGCUCGGUUGGUCGCCAAAGGAUUCACCCAAUCCUAUGGCAUUGACUAUCAAGAAACUUUUGCUCCAGUUGCCAAGCUCAAUACUGUUCGUGUACUUUUAUCCUUGGCAGCUAAUCUCGAUUGGUCGCUUCACCAACUUGAUGUGAAGAAUGCCUUCCUCAAUGGUGACUUAGAGGAAGAAGUUUACAUGGACAUUCCUGCUGGACUUGAGACGACAUCAAAUUUCAACAAGGAAUUUGAGAUCAAGGAUCUUGGAAACCUCAAGUACUUUCUCAGAAUGGAGAUUGCUAGGUCAAAGAAAGGAAUGCUAGGAUGCAAGCCGGCAGAAACACUUAUGGAUACAACUGUCAAACUGGAAGAAAGUGAUGGAAGUGUGCCAGUUGAUAAAGGAAGAUAUCAAUGUCUUGUGGGGAAACUCAUCUAUCUUUCUCAUACAAGGCCAGACAUCGGCUUCUCCGUUAGUGUGUCAGUGGUAGCCCAUAGCAGUGCUGAGGCAGAAUUUCGUGCUAUGGCACAAGGUAUCUACGAGGGAAUCUGGUUGAACAGGCUGUUAGAAGAAUUACGGGUUCCAUUGAAGCAUCCCAUGGUGUUAUACUGCGACAAUCAAGCUGCCAUCAGUAUCGCUAAGAAUCUGGUUCAUCAUGAUCAAACAAAGCACGUGGAGAUAGAUCGACACUUUAUCAAGGAAAAGAUUGAAGAAGGAGUUUUCAAAGUCAGCUACACUCCGACAAAUUGUCAAACAGCUGACAUUCUCACAAAAGCUCUUGCUCGAGUUAACUUCGAAGAUCUGACAGAAAAACUUGGAAUGAUCAACAUCUACAACGCAGCUUGA